CUGUGUCAUAGGUCGUUGGUGGGGCCCAUUUUCAGGCCUUUUGUAAACAAGGCAUUUUCUUCAGCCUUAUUUAGAAAAGCAACCUCCAGGAUCUUGGGAAACUUGUCACAUGGAGUAAGAAAUCAUUGUAACUUUAAACAGCGAUGUCUUUAAAACACAGAGACAGACAAACAUAUGUGGGAAACACUGGUGGUGCAUGAUGCAGGACAAACAGUUAGCAGUGCAGUUUUGGGAAUAAAUAUCCUGACACAUAAAACAGCAGCUGAAAUCUUUAAUAUGCAGUGGAGAUAGUUUUGCACGGUCAGCUGCAUGACUUUACAUAAGUUUGCUGGGGCCAUGACCUGGAGCUGCAAUGGAAAGUCACAUGUACUGAGGCAUGCACACUCAAAACUCCAACACUUGUGUCUCCCCUGUCUAAGACUUUCCAUUCAGCAUCCAGUCCACUCUUUGGGUGCUGCUAGUUUGCCUGAACAGAUGCUAAAGGCUGAAUGAUUGCAUACAGAUGCCAUGGGCAUCCACCCACCUUCAUUCAUUGAAUGGAUUGGCUGAGGAGCAUGGUGGUUCCUUAGCCUGGAACAUUUCGUACUUUAUUACUUGCAGGGAGGAGGGAAGAGGGAAUUCCUAAAGCUCCUGAACUAGUUGUACCCUUUAUUGUGCGGCUCUAACACUCUGACAAGGAUGUAGUGCAAAUGUUGUCCACCACAGAAAUUGUUAGCCAGUCAAAUGCCCCAUGAAAACAUUUAGGGAAUCCAGACAGGCCUCUCAGUCUGAUUGGCCAUAUAUAUCAACCAAUGGAAAGCUGAGGUAUGCUCCCUGAUGUCAGUGCAGUCAGAGGAGAUGAUCUCUGCACAAGUUAAAGUUAAACCCCAAGUUCUGCAGUUCAAACUUUAAAUGCAUAUUUUCAUAUUAUUACCAGCAAGUAAAUUUAACUGUGAAAACUGUGAAAUCACUUGUUAAACAACACGAAAAUAUUCUAAAUGUUUGCAUGUGAUCAUAGAGUAUGAGUCCACACCAGGCUAGCUGUUCAGCAGCAGAUCAACAAGUGCUCAAAUAUCCGUCUGGGUCUCACUGACUCUGGUAAACAUGAGAUUCACAUGACGGGUGUGUACUGCUUGUCAGGUUUCCCCUGAGUCAUGUGUGAAAGGUGCCUAUAAAUUCAGAAGCUUCUUCCUCACUGAAACAUUAAGCACACAGGAUGACACGAGGGCACAAGGGACUAACUACCUAAAGGAUUGUAUAUUCUCUCCGCUGUGCUGGAUUAUAACUUUACUGGAAAACUAUUCAGAGUGGUGGUAUGCUGGCUUGCAGCAUAAAGUUUAUGGCCCAAGGCAUUUCCACAACAGAACCAUUUCCAAAGACUAGUGCCCUUUUCGAGGAAACUUGAAACUCUUCUUGAAACCCUCACUCACAGGCGUAGAAAUGGUUGGCAUGAAACCCAAAGACGUGGUGCCCUCUGCGGCAGUUAAGUUCUUCGGAGCAGGCACCGCAGCCUGCAUUGCUGACCUCAUUACCUUUCCACUGGAUACCGCCAAAGUCAGACUACAGAUUCAGGGAGAGACUCAUAAAGCUGAAGGAGCCAGUGCAACGAAGUAUCGUGGAGUGUUUGGCACCAUCACCACCAUGGUCCGCACAGAGGGGCCCAGGAGUCUUUACAGCGGACUGGUGGCAGGACUCCAGAGGCAGAUGAGCUUCGCCUCUGUCCGAAUCGGUCUUUACGACUCCAUGAAGCAAUUCUACACACGAGGCACAGAGAGUGCUGGGAUUGUUACUCGGCUCAUGGCGGGCUGUACCACUGGAGCCAUGGCUGUGGCUUUUGCACAACCAACAGAUGUGGUGAAGGUACGUUUCCAAGCCCAGGUACGGCUGGCUGAUGGUGGGAGGAGAUACAACAGCACCCUGGAUGCCUACAAGACGAUUGCGCGAGAUGAGGGAGUGAAGGGCCUUUGGAGAGGUUGCAUGCCCAACAUCACCCGUAAUGCCAUUGUAAACUGUGCAGAGCUGGUGACCUAUGACAUGAUCAAAGAACUCAUCCUGAAGUAUGGCCUAAUGACAGACAACAUGCCCUGCCACUUCACAGCUGCCUUUGGUGCAGGCUUCUGCACAACGCUUGUUGCUUCUCCAGUGGAUGUAGUCAAAACAAGGUUCAUGAACUCAGGGGCUGGCCAGUACAGCAGCGCGAUCAACUGUGCUCUCACCAUGCUGAGACUUGAAGGACCCACAGCCUUCUAUAAAGGAUUCAUGCCUUCUUUCUUGCGACUGGGGUCCUGGAACAUUGUGAUGUUUGUGUCCUAUGAACAAAUUAAACGAGGUAUGACAAGGGCACAACAGUACUGGGAGUCGCCAUUUUGACCUCAGCUCAUUAGCCUACCUCUUCAGACAGUGCUGCUCAGACACAGUGGCCUUGCCUUCAUCACGAUGCAGAGAUGGCCAGUGGUAACCCCGUAGCUGGAAAAGGAGACUAUGGUCACAUUACCAGUGUGGAUCAGAGGUGGACUUCAUGGGUUAUAAGGGUUCACGUUAUAAAGACUCAUGGCUGAAAACUCAUCGAAAUCCUGAAUGAACACUAACUCUGUGAGCAUUGUUUAAGUUUAGAGAAGCAUUCUGCAUUAUAGUGGUGCGCGGCUCCAAUACAGAAAUACUUAUUCAGGUGUAAAAGACUAAUUCCAUGAGGUUAUGUUUCAUCUUGUCUCCACAUAUAAACUCAUGCCUUGAUCAGCUGGCUGCUCACUUUGAAGACGGAUUUUCAUGUUUACAAGAAUGAACUGGAAGCUCAUAUGAAUAAUGUUAUGGUGUAAAGUUAUUUGUUAUUUAAUUCAGGUUUUCUAGGAAAGCAACAGACUGUAUGUGGCAAUGAUAAUUUCUAUACCCCUCACUUUGUCUUCUGUAUUGUGGAUUGUUUACCAUUUACCAUUAUCCAUGGUGCAUGUGGUCAGGGAUUUAUAGGUUAAUCUAUGUGCUGCUUAUUGUAAAUAGCAUGAUUUAUUGCUGGUCGAUAAGUCAGAUGAAUAUAAUAGAAUAUGUUGUACACAAUGAUAAGCAAUGAUAAAGUGAAUAAAUAAAGAGCCACUUUUUUAAAUCAGGCUGCUUGAUAAAACUGUA